AUGUUUGUGGCAGGAAAGAGCCUCAUCUUUAACAAGCUCUGGCUCUCUCUGUUUGUCAAGAAAAAUGGCAGAGACUUGGGAACCAUAAUGGCCAAGAGGAGAGAUUUGCCUACUGAAAUCUCGAGUACCCAAGAGGGGGGAUUUGUGUUUCCCCGAUUGAGGGUUUCGAAUACAAUUGUGGCUAGGUCUGUGGUGGCAGUGUUGGGACUAGGAUUCAUCGAUGCAGGGUAUAGUGGAGACUGGUCAAGGUUUGGAGUGAUCUCAAAAGAGAGUGAGGACUUGCUAAAGGUUGCUGCAUUUCUAGUUGUUCCCUUGUGUUUGUUCCUCAUAUUUUCUAUCUCCAAACAACAUGAGGAUUGA